AUGCAUCAACAGAGUGACAUCACUGUCCGAGCUCAAGCUGGUGCUGUCAUGGAGGCUCAAAGCUCACCGCGGGGCAUGAGGGAAACUUUCGCGGCCGCUGAGGACAACAAACUUUCAGCCCCUUGUUCGCAACAUCGCCCACAGCCACAUCUUAUGCCACUCGCUAUCUUUGACGACGUCCGUCAUCUGUUGGUCAAUGAUGACAAUCCUGCGCGCGAGGAGGGCGACCUCGAUUAUGAGCGCUGCGCUGCUCUGCACAAUGCCAUCGUGAAGUAUGGGUGGACUGCCAGCGGUCGCUCUCUUGAUGAACUGCCCAUGGUCACUGCCUGGGAAGCAGAACCAGAUGAGUGGGAAUUGAACAUCGACCGUCUUCAUCCAUCCAUGAUCGAAUUUCUUAAGAGAGCCUACAUCACUGAGCUUCCCGACACAGAGCAGCAAUACAAUUGCAUGCCGAGGGACUACAAGUUCUUCUAUUUUCUGGAAGAUCUCAUCGGUCCCCAUGGUCAUGAGAACCCCGGAUUCGAUUACGACGCGUUUGCAGAUUACCCUGGUCAGUAUAUGACCUUGUAUACUGCAAACGAUCGCCUGAGCUCUCAUCCCUACGGACUUGUGUAUGACGCCGUUCCUUCACUCACAGAUACAAACAAUGCUAAUAAGCAUAGUUACAACCAGGAAUCACACGAGUGUGUCAUCAACUUCUUUAAUGUAUACUUCAGCCCGGAAUAUGAAGCUAUCCCUUGGCAAAGACUUGAGACCGUCCUCAGUGUUUACAUUGACAUGAUUGAGUCCGAGAAAGUCGUCUGCAUCCACAAUGAUGUCGAGCGACCUGGCGAUUCAAAGGGUAUGGUGGUAGAUGGCGAGUUUCAAUGGAUCUACACCAAAGACCGACCAGAUGCAAUAUUUGCUGAUCCAGUGACUGGCGUUAAGCGAAACCCAGACGUUAUGUUUGGGCCUUGGAUUGUGCAGCCACACACGAAAGAAGUGCUGGAGGGAUGUCUUCGGACCUGGGACUUGCUUGUCGAAGCCGUCGAAGAUAAGAUGACAACGGCUCCAGGCGUUGACACAGAGCCGGUGUAUGGUCUGGCUGACGAAGAAAUGCUCGAGUCAGCUGGAAUUACCGAGGAAUNNUUUCCAAACAGCUUCUAUUGCGGGCCCGCAAACCUCGAGUCAGCUGGAAUUACCGAGGAAUUUUCCAAACAGCUUCUAUUGCGGGCCCGCAAACCUCGAUUCACCUUCGUUGCACCCGGGCUUCGACUAUUGACACCAGAAGAAAUAGUUGAUCAACCGUUGAAGAGCAUCAUGACGAGCCAAUCCGACGUGGAAGUUCGAAAUAAGAUGCCAAUUCUUCUUNUCCGAGGCGACGACAUAUGCAAAGCGUCUUCCUGGUUUCCCCAUCCAUACACAACAGCCACAGAUAUACCUACAGGAUUAUAUCUCGAGGGAUGGACACAAGAUGAUUUGGUUCCUUUCACCGACGCAACACGGCUGUUACUGCCUUUUACGAUUGGCGGCGAAGAUACUUGGGCACGCACAGCGAACAACAUAUCGAUUGCUAGCACUCACGACGACCUUUACCAGAUCGGCGUGAACCCAUUUGCUCCAUAUCAUGGCGUGUCUUUGCUCGCAGUGCUGCAGAACUUCUAUUUGCACAUCCAUCAAGGGAUUUGGUCCGUGGAUGAGAGUGGAGUCAGCGGCACUAUCGACAAAUUUCGAGAGGCGGAGACUGAAGAGUAUUGGCACGAGUUCGUUGUGCCGAUGGGUCCCAGCGAGUACUGGUAG